GGAUUGGAAAUACUGCACAUGUAAUUCGUUGUUCACAUGCAGGGCAUUCUUAUACAGUGACAGUAAAAGUCCACAUGAUCUUCAACAACUGAAUCAGUCGGACAUUUCGUCUGGAGAGAAGCACAGGCAUGGAUGGCAUUGUGAGUCUCAAUGUUGGCGGCUGCCUGUACGCUACAACCCUGCUGACAGUGACCCGCUACCCGGAUUCCAUGCUGGGCGCCAUGUUCAGCGGUGAACUCGACCCGUCCCGGCGUGACGCAAACGGGGCCUUUGUCAUCGACGGGGACGGGCCAGUCUUUCGACACAUCCUGAACUUCCUUCGGCGAGGCAGGCUGAUUCUUCCAAAGGACUUCCAGGAGUGGGAUCUGCUGGAAUCCGAGGCCGACUUCUACCAGCUUGAGGCUUUGUCUGAGGCAGUGAAGGCCGAAAAGUAUCGGAGAUUCAUACCGGAAGACGCCAUCGAGGAGAAUUUUGAGUUCAUUGAGAUAUCCGUUUGUGAAAACCUGAGUUACAAAUAUAUUGGAAGCGAGAAGUAUUUGAAAAGUUCACGUGAUCUGACAGAGUUGCUCUUAGAGCGUGAUAUACUGGUAUCAAAUAUUUCAGAACAUAAUCGAAGCGACGGACGGAUGCAAAACACGACCUACACAAUUCAAGCGAGACCUGAUAGUGGGAGUGAUUUUCAAGCUGAAUUUGAACGUCGAAAGGGAUCGAUAUUCCGUGAAAUAACUACUAGACACAGGUUCAAGAUGAAAAGACGGUCCUACACUACGUCCCCUUCCGGUGCGAAAGAAUUCAAGUGGACAUUUUCCAAAUUCAAACAUCUUUAGUCUUUAGGUUGUUCCUCACUGAAUCAAGAGGCAGUUCUAAACACACCUGUCACAAAGCCACGAGGGACAGAAUUCUCGAACUCGGUAGAUAUGUUUGUUCGUUUUCAGGAAAGAAAUGUAGCAAAAUGUUUAUAAUUGAAACUUACGACGAUUUAAUAACAAACAUUUGCUUCCGUAUUUUAAGCAGCAGUAAAAGGAGCAAGGCAGUUUUUACAUAAUACAUGUUCAAAAAGAGUGAUCCCUGUUCACCACUCCCAAGGUUGUACCUUCUGAUAGACCGUCGCGGCGUUCCCAAUUUCAGUCGUAUUCCUGAACGUACAGUAUAAAUUAAAAACCCGUAGUGGGAUGGUACCAGGUGAUUAGGA